CUUUGACAACUAUUUCAUCUCCUCCCCCAAUUCUAAACGUCUACACCACCGCCGUGUGAGAGACAGUUAGGGUAUUGAAAAUGGCUUCUUCAUCUCUUAAUCAACAAGAAGAAGAUACAUAUGUCAAACACGGUUUGUCAUAUGUGAAGAUCUACAAGAACAAGAAGUGUGAUGAGGGUUUUACUAAUGAUCAUCACCAUAACAGUCCACAUCCACCUUCUAUUCAUCAUACCAGUGAAGAAGAACGACCUCCGUAUGUCAUUGUUGUUCACGGACCCCCCAAGGUUGGGAAAACCCUAUUAAUCAAGUGUUUAGAGGAUCACUUUAGCAGGAGAAAUGUGGCAGGCCCCAGUAGAUGUUUUUUAUUAGGUGACAAGAGACGGAUACAGUUUGUGGAGUGUCCCAAUAAUGUCAAUGGCAUGAUUGAUGCUGCAAAGUAUGCCGAUGCUGUGAUGUUCCUCAUUGAUGCGGGUUAUGGGUUUGAAAUGGAAACAUUCGAGUUCCUCGAACUCUUAAAAGUUCACGGCAUGCCCAAGGUUAUGGGGGUGCUUACAUAUCUUGAUAGCUUCAAGGAUGAAGAUGUGCUAGCAAAGACUCGGCAAAACCUCUUGGACCAGUUCCAGACUAACAUACACAAUGGAGCAAAAGCGUUCUGCUUAUCCGGUCGUCAUAAUGCGAUGUAUUUGGAGCACGAAAUUAGCGAGCUGGCAAGCUUCUUAUCGACAAUGGAAUUCCAUCCUUUGUCAUGGCGAGCUGCACGUCCUUAUAUGCUGGUAGAUCUUUUUGAAGAUGUCACUCCUCUUGAGAAAGUGCAAAUGGAUAAAGAAUGCCCAAGAGACAUUAUGUUGGAAGGAUACCUUCGAGGAUGUGACAUCGAGAAUGGAUCUAAG